AUGGCCAACUUUUCCGUGCUCAUCAAGUUUGAGUGUGAAGAGGAUGGAGAGACAUAUUUCGCCGAUCUUGGUCCUGAUGCUCAAGGCCCGCCUGCUCUUGGCACCAAGGUCAGCGCGGUCAAGUCUUUGCAGGGCUUGGCUGAUAAUCAUCAAUCCAAAACAGUAACAAUUCACCGUCUCCUAGCACCACUACCGAAAGAUGACCUACCUCUAUACUGUGUUGGGCUGAACUAUCGCAGCCACGCCAAAGAAGCUUCACUCACCCUGAGCUCGGUCCCUCCGCUUUGGACUAAGCCAGCUGCAUCUCUUGCAAACCCAGACGAAGACAUCCCACUCAAUGAAUUUUGCGCAAAGAGUCUUCCAGACUAUGAAGGCGAGCUCGUAUUUGUAACCUCCAAGCAAUGUCGCGAUAUUUCUCCCAAGGAAGCCAAGGACUAUAUCCUGGGGUACACAGUUGGCAACGACAUAUCCUGCCGCAUGUAUCAGCUUCCCAAGCAUUCAGCCGGCCAAUUCUUCUUCGCCAAGGCCUUCGACAAAUUUGCGCCCAUUGGUCCUGCAUUGAUCAGCCCAGCCAUAUUUGGUGAUGGGUCGGGCUUUUCAGUAGUCGCAAAAGUGAAUGGUGAAGUCAGGCAACAGGCUGAGUUUAAAAAGGACAUGGUGUUCUCGCCGGAGCAGAUUCUCAGCCAUAUGAGUCAAGGAACAACCAUACCGGCUGGUACGGCGGUCAUGACGGGAACUCCCGCUGGAGUGGGUGCCUUCCACAGUCCCAAGGUAUUUCUCAAUGACGGCGAUGUUGUCGAAGUCACCAUGGCCCGGGUUGGAACAUUGAGAAAUGUUAUUAAAUUUGAGUAA